CUUACAUUUCUUCCAUUUCCAUUUCCAUUUCCCUCCUCACAUCGGAACAUCCGCUUCACCUUUCCGCGAACUCUCCUCUCUCCUCAUCACACAGUUGAUGAUGGAGAGUUUAGCACUUCAUUCCCUUUCUAUCUCUACAAAACCCACCAUUUUUUCUCCCUCUACCGCCAAAACCACCGCAUUUUCUCUCUUCACCACCAAAACCGCCUUCCUUUAUCAUCGCCGCCUCCACUCACUUUCCCUCUCCUCUCCUCCAAACCCAAAACCAUUCUCCUUCUACAUCACAAAACCCCUUUUGAAACCUAUAAAUUCCGCCGCAACACCCGCUGCUGUCCCCGCAAAACCACCUUCAAAAGGCGCUAAACCAAUUCCGCUAAUAAUCUCAAUCUCUGUAGGUUUAAUUCUUCGUUUUGCAAUUCCAAAACCACCUGAACUCUCUCCCCAAUCAUGGCAACUCCUCGCCAUUUUUCUUUCCACCAUUUCUGGUCUUGUACUCAGCCCAUUACCAGUCGGGGCAUGGGCUUUUCUCGGUGUAACUGCUUCAAUUGUAACUAAAACGUUGCCGUUUUCUACAGCUUUUAAUGCUUUCACCAAUGAAGUGAUUUGGUUGAUUGUUAUUUCAUUCUUUUUUGCUCGUGGGUUUGUGAAAACUGGGCUUGGUGAUCGGAUCGCGACGUAUUUUGUUAAAUUGUUAGGGAAAAGUACUUUGGGUUUGUCUUAUGGACUUACUUUUUCUGAAGCUCUUGUUGCUCCUGCUAUGCCAUCUACUACUGCAAGAGCUGGUGGUAUCUUUUUGCCUAUUAUUAAAUCGCUUUCUCUGUCUUCCGGGAGUUUGCCCGGUGAAGAGUCCAGGAAGAAGCUUGGUUGUUAUCUAAUGAUGACUCAACUGCAGUCUGCCGGUAACUCUAGUGCUCUUUUCCUAACUGCUGCUGCUCAAAAUCUUCUGUGCCUCAAAUUAGCCGAGGAGCUUGGUGUAAAGAUUGCUUCUCCUUGGGUUUUUUGGUUCAAGACGGCUUGUCUACCAGCAGCUGUUGCACUCUUGCUCACUCCACUGAUUUUGUACAAGCUUUAUCCCCCUGAACUCAAAGACACCCCGGAUGCCCCCACAUUAGCUUCUGAAAAAUUGAAGAGUAUGGGGCCUGUCACUAGAAAUGAGUGGGUGAUGGUUGGUACAAUGCUUCUUGCAGUCUCACUCUGGGUAUUCGGGCAACGAAUUGGCGUUUCAAGUGUUGUUGCUGCAAUGCUUGGGCUAUCAGUUCUCCUGUUGUUGGGAGUACUAGACUGGAAUGAUUGUCUGAAUGAAAAAUCUGCUUGGGAUACUCUUGCCUGGUUUGCCGUUCUUGUAGGAAUGGCUGGCCAAUUGACUCACCUUGGUAUUGUUUCCUGGAUGUCUGGAUGUGUCGCCAACGGUCUGAAAGCAAUGAAUUUAAGCUGGCCUGCUGCAUUUGGCAUUCUUCAAGCAUCCUACUUUUUCGUCCAUUACCUAUUCGCUAGUCAGACUGGCCAUGUUGGAGCUUUGUACUCGGCCUUUUUGGCUAUGAAUUUAGCAUCUGGAGUUCCUGGUGUUUUAGCAGCCUUGGCAUUAGCUUAUAACACUAACUUAUUUGGAGCACUUACGCAUUAUAGUAGUGGCCAAGCAGCAGUUUAUUAUGGAGCUGGUUACAUUGACCUUCCUGAUGUAUUCAAACUGGGUUUUGUUAUGGCGGUCAUCAAUGUUAUUAUCUGGACGGUGGUAGGGGGAUUUUGGUGGAAGAUAUUGGGCCUCUAUUGAGAUUGUAGUUUUACUACAGAGGCUUGCAGAGUUAGCUUCAGCUUCAUUCAGUCAAUCAGUCCUAUUCGUUGCAGGAACCUUUCUUUAUGAGGAUCUUUCUUGAGUCAAGGAAAUCUUUGGCCGCACUCUCUUUUACGGGUAUGGGUCUCCGUUUUUCUUCCAUCUCCAGACUCUGAUCAUAGUUUUCUAUAGACGAGACACACUAGGUAUAAUGAUGAUGACGACGACAUAUUUGAUGUAAUAAUUUCUUAAAAGCACUUAUCUUUAAUACUUAAAAUCAUAACUAAUAUAAUAAAAUAUUUUUUAAAAGCCACACAAUAAUAUUUUAAUUAACCUGUAAAAAUGCUUCAAUUUGUAAAAGUAUAUAUAAUCGAUAUUUUAAAUUUCCCGGUUCUUUUAUCAUAUUUUGUGAUGAUAACAUGGUUGUAGAAGUAUCUUCAUUU